CAAGUUGAAUGGGUUUCUUUAGGCAUCUUGUUACUAACAGCCUCACAAAAACACAUCACUUGUUUUUAUUUCUUUAGAUAAAUCUAUGAAAAAUGACAAAGAUAACACAGUUUGACAUAAAAUAGUAUUUUUGCACCAACAAAGUAAUUCCCCAAGAGUUAUCAGCUGAAAACCUGGCAUAUCUCAUCAUGGUGUGCAGUGUGUCCUUAAAAAAAUUGAGGAAACUGGAUAAAAGAAGAAGCAGCAAGCUUGAAAAACUAUCACGCAAGAACUGGACUUAAAAUCAGUGGCAACAGGUCUGAUGGAGUGAUGAAUGCACAUUUAAAGUUUUUGGUCCAAAUCAUCAGCAGCAUGUACAGAAGAGGUCAGGAGAGCUACAACAGUGAGUGUCUACAGCCAUCAGUAAAACACAGUCAUGGUUUGAGCUGCAUUUCAGUCAGUGGUGUUGGAGAUCUUGUUAAAAUUCAUGAAUUAUGAACACAGAAAAGUCCCAUCAGAUUUUAAACCACCAUGGAAUACCAUGUGAUUGGCAACAGCUUCAUUUUUCAUCAUGACAAUGAUCCCAAACACACUGCCAAUGCAGUAAAAUCAUCCCUGGAUAGAAAAACACACAGUGGAACUCUAUCAGUCAUGGAUCGGCCUCCCCAGAGCCCGGACCUCAACAUUAUUGAAGCAGUGUGGGAUCAUGUUGACAGAGAACAGAACAAAAGGCAGAAACAUCCAAAGAAGAGCUUUGAAUGUUCUUCAAGAAGCCUGGAGAACUAUUCCUGAAGACUACUUAAAGAAAUGACGAGAAAGCUGCUGAAAGUGAUUUGCAGAAUUGUUGCUUUGUUUUUAUUUCCCAUUAAAGUGUAAACAGAUAUCGGUGGACAGCAGCUUCAGUCUGAAUCAAAUAUGGAAUAUGGCCUAUUGGCCUUGAGGGGAGCCCCACCUCGGUGGAGCCUAAUUUAAACCCAUAUCCUCCAGACCACAACAGGUGCCCCCCUCCUCCACUCCCUUUACGCUCCACCUGUCUUCUCUUCUCCGUGGCGGGCUGGCGAUCCAGCAAGGAUCCGUCAGUCAUUACAAAUGGCGUGCCGGCCCCCUAAGUCACCGGAUCGGCGGCAGCUGCUCGACCCCCAGAGCUAUUUUCACCCUCAGGAUAAAGUGGUGUUCAGCGAGCCGCCUGCACGGCCCAGCAGCUCCAGUCACGCCGCAGCAGAGCCAGGAUGAAGUCCACCGGCGGCGAGCGCACCGUGCAGCCAGACUGCUUCACCUCAGACCUGGAGGACCUGGACAGCGCCAGCAACAGCUCCGACGGCGGCUGCACGCCGCGCAGGGAGCCGGGGCAGGUGGUCCAGGAGGAGGGAGCCCCGAAACGAAGAAGGAGACGGAGGAGGAGCAGCGGAGGAGACGCGUGUCUGCCCGGCGUGAGCAAACAGAGGCAGGCGGCCAACGCGCGGGAGCGGGACAGGACGCACAGCGUGAACACGGCCUUCACGGCGCUCCGCACGCUCAUCCCCACCGAGCCCGCCGACAGGAAGCUCUCUAAGAUCGAGACACUGCGCCUGGCCUCCAGCUACAUCUCCCACCUGGCCAACGUGCUGCUGCUGGGGGAGGACUGCCUGGACGGACAGCCCUGCCUGCGCUACCAGAGCAUCCUGCACGGCCCCGCCGCCCUCACCGCGCCCUCCCUGCGGCCCAUCUGCACCUUCUGCCUCAGCAACCAGAGGAAGCUGCUCAGAGAUGGAGCGAAACACUCGACUGCUGUGUGAAACUUCUUGGCACCAGACAGGCGGGGAGUCCACCAUACCGUGGCGUUGUUUACAUGUAGGACUUUGUACAUAUAUAUAUAUGAAUAUAAAUGUCUUUAUUUUUGGACGAGACGAGAAAACUAAGGACAGAUUUAAACACUGAAAAGCACUUUCUGUUCACGCUCAUGUGCUUCUGGAGCCUCUGUGUUUUGGUUGAACUGUAACCUGAGCCGAUGUGUAAAGUAGCACCUGACGUGGGGCUAUUUUGGUCCCACUAAUAGUACAAACUACCCCUUGGACACCCCACCACCCCAUGUCUGACCUCUUUAAAAAAAAUAAAAUAAAAUAAAAAAUAUAUAUAUAUAAAUAUAAAUAUAUCCUCAUCACCUUCAGUCACAUGAAGGAAAUUGAAGAGCAGCUGCUGCAGUGGUUGCUGUCAGUUCAGUGUUACCUUGCGCUUUAAAGGGGCAUUAACUGAUGUGUUGCCUCUAGUAGUGAACAGUGGGAACUGCAACAAUGCUCACGUACAUGUGAAAACAAACUGCACGUCAAUAUCUCAGGACUUUAAUCCCCCAGAUGUACAACAGUCAGUGAAGAUGUUGAAAUUUACACACUGGAUUGCACUGCUGUUUCCUUACUCCACUCUUCUUAUGUCUACCUGGUUAAUUUUUGACUAUAUUUUUUGUAAAGUGAAAAUGUCCCAAGAAAACCUUAUAACGAGUUGAUCCCAGCAUGCAAAGCACUCUGGAAAAUCCUUUUGUUCCUUCCCAAAUUCCUAAAUGCCACCAUUUUAACAGAUCACAUGGAGAAAGCCCUGUCUCCUAAAGGAAAAGUGGUCUGUUAUUCAUUUGUUAUUUUACAAUAAUAGACCAGAUUAUCUGAGUAGUAAUGAUCUGAGUAUGAGGAUGUGUAUCCCACCUCUCAGCCUAUGGUAGCUGGUAUAGAUUCCAGCCGACCCACAACACUGAAUGGGAUGAGCACACAAGAAUGGAUGGAUCAGUACUUAAAAUUUGCAGAUCCUGAAGAAAGGGUAUAUUUACUGUAUCUGAAGUGUCAUGGAUUGGUGCAUCCCCAUAGAAUAGGUCAGUAAAAAGAUAGAGCUAUCCUUUUCAAAGUUUUUGUGUUUCAUCAACAAGCUGCCAUCAGCGCUGGUGACCGACUGAUGGUACUUUGUUUGCAUUUGGCUUUUGAGAAGCAGUCCACAUUCACAGAGGGAAAACCAUCUGCAAGCUUCAGCUGCAAACGUUAUUUGGUAGCUUCUCCCUUAGACAUCAGUAAUACUAGCUUUGGCCUAGCAGCUUUGUAAUGCCAAGCUUUAUUUUUUGGGGGGGGCACUGAAAAGAAUUAUGAAUGUGGACUAAAGUCAGACUCUGCAGUUUGUUUUGCUGCCAUCUUUCCAGGACAAAGUACUUCCUUUGUGGGAUAAAAUAUCCCAUUAAAUACAAGAGUGUUGUUUAGUUCUAUGCAAACUUAGUGAAGGAUCAGUUGAGUUAUUUUCAGCGUGCUUUGCAUAAUUUCACAAAGUUGGAAGGUUAAUUCCAGUUAAUCUGGAUACACUUAGAUACUGAACGACAUUUAGCAUUAAAACGGUUCCCUGAAAUAAGCAGUGUGUUCCUAAUUUGAAGGUCCAGUUGGAAACUUCCUGGUAACUGUAUCUGCGUCAGAAGUUAUGUUUUUGGCCUGAUUUCAAGAUAAAGUUCUCUGCGUAAAUGUUUACUUUUGCAUUGUUGCACAGUUUCCUCAUCACUGUAAAAACACUGUGCGAUAGGCUUCCUUUUGCUCUAAAUUGGAGCAUAUGUAAUCCUUUCUCAAUAAGCUGGAUCCCUCGAUAUUUAUUGUUCCAGCGCUAAACUAUGUUUGGGAGCUGUUGCACACUACCUCGUACCUGUGUUUUGAAAUAUAAAGGCCUACCUCUAAAUCCAAUAAGUAAGAAGUACUUGAAUACCUGACAACUUGUGUUCUUUGCACAUCGCACAUACUGAGAAGCUGCUCGAAGAGAAAAAUGUAUUUUUGUACAAUAAAAAUAAAAACAAUCAUAUCAAAACUU